GCUCUCUCCACCUUGCUAGUCGUAGCUAGCACGUCGGCUAAUGCGGCUACCACACCUACAGACGACGUUAAAUUACACGGAAAGUCACCCGGGAUUAACUAAAAACGAAGACAGCACUGCCUUUGUUCGAUGGGAUUCAAUUUUUUCUACUUAAACAAUGGCAGACGGCCGCGUUCGACAGAUUUCGCCAGCUAACGGCGAUGUUAGCUGCGCAACGGACGGCUAAGCUGAUUUUUUUUUUUUUAGCCCUGCAAAUUAGCCGUGUGCUAGUUUUCCAAGUGCUCCAAUGAAUGGGAGCUGAUGCGCGGAGUGGAGACACCCGUCAACGAUGUACGCUCGCUGCUAGCCGCCUCCUUGUUGUGGUCCGGUUUGACUGGCACCAGCAGAAGUGGACUGGAGUUUUAUUUCUGGGGAGGAGGAAGUCUGACGAGCGAGCUAACGAACGUUACGGGACUUAGCUAACUUUGUUGGAAAUGCAUCAUCACGGAGGAAUCAUGCACCGCUCGGGAACACAGACAACAGCGACGUUAGCUUGCGUAACCUAAUAUCGCAGCUGUGUAGGGGGGGGAAGAUUGUUCUGUGUUGUGUUUAACUUCUUUCUGAAUCCUGUGGGCCGAGCUUUCACCGCAGAGUUGAUUUUUGUCUGUUUCGGGAAAGGAAUGGAGACACAUCGGAGUGACCCUGCCCUCCGUCCCAGGUAGGGGAGCAGUGCCGGAGACUCCCCGACCUGGCCUGGCCCGCUGUUCACGGAUGAUGGGAGCUCAUCCGUCGGUGGCAGCUUACUUGUUGGAUUUUUCACUUUCACUGUCAUUCAAGUGACUUGUUAUUUUUGCAUAUUUUAAAAAUAAAAGGAUCAUGACGGACGCGGAGGAAGUUCUACAAGAAGAAAAUCACUGCUUGUAAUAAUAACAAUAAUCAUGGACUGUUGAGCUCAACAGCUUUGGAUCACAUUUUAUCUGUAAAGACUGUUUUCCUGGGAAACACUCCGACAUGUCUGCGUUUGCUGAGUUCGUCCCCCCACCUGAAUGCCCGGUGUUUGAGCCGAGUUGGGAGGAUUUCUCGGAUCCUUUAGGAUUCAUCAACAAGAUCCGACCCAUUGCAGAGAAAACGGGCAUCUGCAAGAUCCGACCUCCCGAGGACUGGCAGCCUCCCUUUGCCUGCGAUGUUCGUAACUUCCGCUUCACUCCCAGAGUACAAAGACUGAAUGAACUUGAGGCUCUCACUCGGGUGAAGCUCAACUUUCUGGAUCAAAUCGCAAAGUUUUGGGAGCUGCAGGGAUCCAAGAUUCGAUUCCCUCAUGUGGAGAGGAAAGUCUUAGACCUCUAUCAACUCAGCAAGAUUGUGUCGUCUGAGGGCGGCUUUGAGACGGUGUGUAAAGAGAGGAUAUGGUCCAAGGUGGCCAGUCGGAUGGGAUUCCCACCAGGAAAAGGCACCGGAUCACUUCUGCGUUCUCACUAUGAGAGGAUCCUUUAUCCCUACGAGCUCUUCCAGUCUGGAGCCACGUUAACGGGCCUCCACCGGCUGUACGAUGACGGAAAUGACGGAGAAGAAGUAGAUGAGGGAGUUGGUGAGGAAGCUGUGGAGGAAGAGGAGCAAGAUGAUGAGGAAGAUAAGGAGAAAGACGGGGAGGGAGAUGUGACACAAACCAAAGACCGACUUCUGCCUGAGAGGCGCUCCAGGCGCCUAAAGUCGGAGAGGGAAAACAAGGAGCCAAAAGGCCUCAAAAUCUUUGGAACAAGUCCCAAGAUGGUCGGCUUGGAGAUUGUCCCAGCUGACGAUGGAUUCAACAAGAAGCAGCGGCACCUCAAAGCUCAGGCCUUCGCCAUCAAAAUGAGGCCACGGAAGGAGACGUUGGAGGUCAACUUUAUCGACCUCUAUCUCUGCCUGGUGUGUGGACGGGGCGACGAGGAGGAUCGACUCCUGCUGUGUGACGGCUGUGAUGACAGCUACCACACCUUCUGCCUCAUCCCACCUCUGCAGGAUGUGCCCAAGGGGGACUGGAGAUGCCCUAAAUGUGUUGCUGAGGAGUGCAGUAAACCCAGGGAGGCUUUUGGCUUUGAGCAGGCAGUGAGGGAAUACACUCUGCAGAGCUUUGGAGAGAUGGCCGAUCACUUCAAGUCUGACUACUUUAACAUGCCUGUUCAUAUGGUCCCUACUGAGUUGGUGGAGAAGGAAUUCUGGCGUCUGGUCAGCAGCAUCGAGGAGGAUGUCAUCGUAGAAUACGGAGCUGACAUCAGCUCCAAGGAGGUGGGCAGCGGAUUUCCUGUCAGGGAUGGCAAGAGGAGACUACUGGGUGAUGAGGAGGAGUAUGCAAACUCAGGCUGGAACCUGAACAACAUGCCAGUUCUGGAGCAAUCAGUGCUCACCCACAUUAAUGUGGACAUCUCAGGCAUGAAGGUGCCCUGGCUUUAUGUGGGCAUGUGCUUCUCUUCGUUCUGCUGGCACAUCGAGGACCACUGGAGUUACUCCAUCAAUUUCCUGCACUGGGGUGAACCCAAGACUUGGUAUGGAGUGCCGGCCUCUGCAGCAGAGCAGCUUGAAGCUGUCAUGAAAAAGUUGGCUCCAGAGCUGUUUGACUCCCAGCCUGACCUCCUCCAUCAGCUGGUGACCAUCAUGAAUCCCAACAUACUCAUGGAGCACGGUGUUCCCGUGUACAGGACCAAUCAGUGUGCUGGAGAGUUUGUGGUGACCUUCCCCCGGGCCUACCACAGUGGCUUCAACCAGGGCUACAACUUUGCAGAGGCAGUUAACUUCUGUACCGCUGACUGGCUACCGAUGGGCCGUCAGUGUGUUGCUCAUUACCGGCGGCUCCACCGUUACUGCGUCUUCUCCCAUGAUGAGCUGUUAUGCAAGAUGGCUGCUGAUCCAGAGAGCCUUGAUGUGGAACUGGCUGCUGCUGUCUUCAAAGAAAUGGGAGAAAUGAUGGAUGAGGAGACAAAACUUAGACAGGCGAUCCAAGAAAUGGGAGUGCUGUCUUCAGAGCAGGAGGUGUUUGAACUUGUCCCAGAUGACGAGCGUCAGUGCCACAAGUGUAAGACAACCUGUUUCCUGUCUGCGCUGACCUGCUCCUGCAGCCCCGAUCGGCUGGUUUGUCUUCACCACGCAACAGAUCUCUGUGACUGUCCAAUGGGCAACAAGUGUCUUCGGUAUCGCUAUGACCUGGAGGAAUUUCCUUCAAUGCUGUAUGGCGUUAAAACACGGGCGCAGUCCUAUGACACCUGGGCAAAGAGGGUCACAGAAGCCCUGGCUGCAGACCAGAAAAACAAAAAAGAUCUCAUUGAGCUCAAAGUGUUGCUAGAGGAUGCAGAAGACAGAAAGUAUCCUGAAAACACUUUGUUCCGUCGCCUGAGGGAGAUGGUCAAAGAGGCAGAGACGUGUUCGUCUGUAGCACAGCUGCUGCUCAGCCGCAAGCAGAGACACAGCAGCCGCCUUCGUUCCGAUAGCGGUCGCAAUCGUACCAAGCUGACCGUGGAUGAGCUCAAAGCCUUCGUAGACCAACUCUACAGGCUGCCGUGCAUCAUCAGCCAGGCGCGACAAGUCAAGGAGUUACUGGAGAAUGUGGAGGACUUCCAUGAGCGAGCCCAGGUGGCGCUGUCAGAUGAGAUGCCUGAUUCGUCCAAGCUGCAGGCACUUUUGGACCUGGGCAGCGGUCUGGACGUUGAGCUGCCAGAGCUGCCCCGGCUCAAACAGGAACUCCAGCAGGCUCGCUGGCUCGACGAGGUGCACGUCACCCUUGCUGAGCCCCUCCGUGUCACUCUGGAGCUGAUGAAGAGGCUGAUAGACUCUGGGGUGGGUCUGGCUCCCCACCACGCUGUGGAAAAGGCCAUGGCAGAACUGCAAGAGAUCCUCACUGUCUCAGAGAGAUGGGAGGAUAAGGCUCGUGCCUGCCUGCAGGCCAGGCCUCGACACAGCAUGGUGACCCUGGAGAGCAUUGUGCUGGAGGCAAGGAACAUCCCAGCGUAUCUGCCAAAUAUUCUGGCCCUCAGAGAGGCCCUGCAGAAGGCCAAGGAGUGGACUGCCAAGGUGGAGGCCAUCCAGAGUGGCAGCAGCUACGCUUACCUGGAGCAACUGGAGAGCCUGCUGGCCAGGGGUCGCUCUAUCCCAGUUCGGCUGGAUCCGCUGGCUCAGGUGGAGUCUCAGGUGGCUGCAGCUCGAGCCUGGAGGGAGAGGACUGCUCGCACGUUCCUCAAGAAGAACUCCACGUACACACUGCUGCAGGUUCUCAGUCCUCGUGUGGACAUUGGAGUUUAUGGCAACAGUAAAAGCAAGAGAAAACGUGUCAAGGAGCUCAUUGAGAAGGAAAGAGGUGGCUUCGACCCGGACACCCUGAGCGACCUGGAGGAGAGUCUUGAGGAGGUGCGAGACCCUUCCACUGUUGCAGCAGCCUUCAAAGCCAAAGAGCAGAAAGAAGUUGAGGCCAUUCACUCACUCCGUGCUGCCAAUUUAGCCAAGAUGGCCAUGGCAGACCGAAUCGAAGAGGUCAAGUUCUGUCUAUGUCGAAAAACGGCCAGCGGCUUCAUGCUGCAGUGCGAGCUUUGUAAGGACUGGUUCCACGGAGCCUGCGUUCCUCUGCCGAAGACGGGCUCUCAGAAGAAAGUGGGAGUUGGCUGGCAGAGCAAUAGCAAAGACUCCAAAUUCUUGUGUCCGUUGUGCCAGCGGUCGAGGAGGCCGAGGCUAGAGACCAUCCUGUCGCUGCUGGUUUCACUGCAGAAGCUGCCGGUGCGUCUGCCAGAAGGAGAAGCUCUCCAGUGUUUGACGGAGAGGGCAAUGAGCUGGCAGGACCGAGCACGUCAAGCUCUGGCCACCGAGGAGCUGUCCUCAGCCCUGGCAAAGCUUUCCGUGCUCAGCCAGCGUAUGGUGGAGCAGGCUGCCAGGGAGAAGACUGAGAAGAUCAUCAACGCUGAACUGCAGAAAGCUGCAGCCAACCCUGACUUGCAGGGCCACAUCCAAACUUUCCAGCAGUCCGGUUUCAGCAGAGCCACAUCACCUCGCCAAUCAGUGGACUACGACGACGAGGAGACGGACUCAGACGAGGACAUUAGGGAGACUUAUGGUUAUGACAUGAAGGACCCAGGUGAGGUGAAGCCCUAUCUCUUCUGCGAUGAGGAGAUUCCUGUCAAGUCGGAGGAGAUAGUCAGUCACAUGUGGCCGGCUGCUACGCCUUCAUUCUGCGCCGAACACGCCUACUCGUCAGCCUCCAAGUCCUGUGUGCAAAACCUGGGCACACCCAGAAAGCAGCCCAGGAAGACCCCCCUGGUCCCUCGGAGUCUGGAGCCACCAGUGCUCGCGUUAUCCCCGCAGGCUAAGGCCCAGCUGGAGGAGCUGAUGAUGCUGGGAGACCUGCUGGAGGUGUCCCUGGAUGAGACCCAGCACAUCUGGAGGAUCCUGCAGGCUACGCACCCUCCCUCUGAAGAGAGAUUUCUUCAGGUCAUGGAGCCUGAUGACUCUCUGAUGGAGAAGCCUCUGAAGAUCAAACUUAAAGAUUCAGAGAAGAAGAGGAAGCGGAAGCUGGAGAGAGCCGAGCACCACCACAUGCUAAUGGCUGCUGCGGCUGCCGGUGGAGCCUCAGUGAUGGGAGAAAUCCGACCGGUCAAGUCCAAAGAGCUGAAAAGGGUCGGUCUCGAGUUCGGCCUGGGAGGCAAACCUAAGAAGAAGAAGCUCAAACUCAACCUGGACAAGAACCGGGAGAUGAAGCAGCUGGCCAAACGAUUAGCCAAGGAGGAGAAGGAGAAGAAGAGGAAGGAGAAGGCAGCAGCCAAGGCCGAGGCCAUCAGAGAGGGUCUGGAGAAGAGGAAGGAGAAGAAGAUUCUCGACAUUCCUUCAAAGUACGAUUGGUCUGGAGCUGAGGACUCCAAUGAUGAGAACGCCGUGUGCGCCGCCAAGAACUGCCAAAGGCCCUGUAAAGAUAAGGUGGACUGGGUGCAGUGCGACGGCGGCUGCGACGAGUGGUUCCACCAGGUCUGCGUGGGCGUAUCGUGCGAAAUGGCUGAGAAUGAAGACUACAUCUGCAUGGACUGCUCGGGGAAGGCGGCCGGCAUGAGCGGAGGGAUGACCGUCGAGGAAGUGGCUGAAGAGAGCGUCGUGGUUUUGUCGACGUCGAUGUGCGCCGGCGGCGUCCAGAGUGUAGCCUCGUCUUCGGUUGUGGCUUCUUGGUCUUCUGCUUCACAUCUAAACACAGCGACUUCACAUCAGCAGCAGCAAGAGCCUCAGCAGGGCAGUUAGCGCUAAAGACGGUGUUCCAAGGACUGAGUACCUCACGCACUACCCAGUAUCCAGUCUGUCAACCUUGGAGAGGAAGGUUUUCUGAUUGUGCUCGUCAGAAGAGAGAAGCAAGUAACUGUCCAGAUUACAAAGCACAAGACAAAACUUCCUCCGUGUGGCUUCAGCAGUGACACGUUCUCUCUCCAAGCACUAAGAUGUGCACCGACUCAGUCCUUCUACAGCAGUUGUAGAUGUAGAAACACCCACCAGCUAUUUCCUGGUCCUCCUGUGAACAAUAACAAGGCGUUGGUACACUCACAGUCAGACACACUCUUAUUCCAGCUGUUGUAUUCAGUGCAAACUGCUCCCCUCUGCCAGACCCUUCAGACAGUAACAUCUCAAUAUGUAGGACUCAAGACUAGGAUAAACAAAUGGUUGUAAUGUAGUGGAAUUAUUUAUAAUGUACAUAGCUUUUAAGCAAUUAAACAAAUGGAUUGUGGCUUUUUGUUUUGUUUUCUCACCUUUAAUAAACUAUUCCUAGUCAAAUAA